AUGCGUGUGCUCGCCAGCCAGUGCUCUUCCAGCCGCAGCGGCCGCAACAUGGCCGCGGCUCUCUCCAGCUCCGUGUGCGUACUGCUCGCCGUGCUGCCGCUGCCGCCGCCGCCGGUGGAGGCGGCAGUACCAGGCACGUUCUUCUGGAAGCCAUCAACGGAUCUUGACUUUACACGAAGGCAAAUAAACCCUGCAAAUAGGAACCCAACAAUUCACAAACCGACCGAAUGGAAUUUUGGGUAUAACAAGCAAAUGGCGAUAGCUAUCGACGGUUACAGAUUAUCAACCACCUUAAUGGCGAUAUACGUCUACGUUGAUUUUAUGAACCGUGCGUACCCGGCCCUGCAUCCCUGCUACGCGGACUAUUGGACCAACGCGUACCGUUGGAUGAUCCGCUACCUCAGUCUAAUUCCAGAUUGGAUCCAUGGUAGAUCAGACAACUACGUGGCCACGCACAGGGUGUGGAGGAAGCGCUUCUUCUUUAUGGAUUGGUGGAUGCCAAAGUGGGCACGCAAAUUUUUUCUCUGUGUCCCGCCUGAAUCCUGGGCUUGGGAACAAUUCACAUGGAGGAGAUGGCGCAGAUACGUUGAACCGCAAUUUGGCAAAUACUACAUCUACCCCUCCAAGGUCUUUACAGACUUUAGAUCUAUGCAAAAAGGAUCAACCGUUGAAAACUUGGAUAUGAGCUCUGCCUCCUUACAGUAG